CAUUCUUACGCGCUUUUGCCUAAAUUAUUUUAACUAUACGUAAAACAAGGACUUGCAUGUCAAUGGACAAGCGAAAGUACUUUAGAGCCGCGUUCAGUUGUUACCUUGUGUGCCGGACUUUCGAAAGAAAGAGGAAAUGGGACGGCGCCAUUUCUCCACUGUCAGUUUUGACUCGGCUUUUGGCGCGAAAUGACGUCGACUGCACAACUUUUAACCAAAAAUUGUGAGCGUACCGCCGUAAAUAAAUAUUUGUAAAUAAACUACGCAAAAAUGAUGGACUUGAAAGAAAUUAUCAAAUGGUUCUUUCCGGGAUUCAGUGAAUUGCUAAGAAAUUUGGGGAAAAUGGACUGGCGUGUGACUUUCGUCUGUUUAUUUUUACUUUUUAAUUUAUGUUACGCGGCGGAGAAAGAAAACAGUGUCAGUGAGCCAAAUAGGACUUUUUUGGUUGGCGCCAAAAGUUUUAGUUUUAAUUUAAAUAGUUCGGAUGUUGUGGAUAAUGCAACCAACAGCCAAAAUGUGUCGAAGAACAAUCACCAAAGAAGUUUGGAGGAAAUUGAGACCGGCCGAACCUUCGGGCGUCCCUUCAAGAAGAUGAUAGCCGGCCUCCUGCCCGUCAUCUUCAGCAUGGGGGCCGCGUCCACGUGGGCCAUGGUGGCCACGCUGGUCGGGAUCAAGACGUUCUUUGUCACCCUGCUCAUAUUGAAGAUAUUGCUGGUCGCUGGAGCGGCUAAGCUUGGGGCAGUAUUCGGCGCGAAGCACAACUACCACCCGCAGCCUCAUCAUCAUCAGGAAUGGGCUCCGCAUCCUCAGAAGGAGAUCCACUUACAUAUUCACAAUGGUCAUCAUGAUUCUCAUGGCCACCCUGAAAUUCAUGAGGGAUACCCUUCAUCACCCUGGGCCAGGGAAGGAGUAUCAUCAUCAGUACCAGCCUCUUUGGAGACGAAAAGCGUUAACUUAGCGCUUGAUCAAGCAUAUUCAGCUGGUCCCCAGACUAUUAGCACUCCUUACGGCAAUUAUGUGAAGUUAGAGCCAGUCAAAGUGCGGAAAAGAAGAAAUAAUGUGGCCAUUCAUGUAGAAACAUGAUUAAAUUAUUACUACCAAAAUGUCUAGCUAGAUAGUGAUUGAAGUUGAUGUUAUGAGGUUAAAAAAAAUGUAUAAAAGUAUUGUUAAAUCUGGUGCUAAGCUUUGUUCUAGCUUUUUAGGUAGGUAGGUAAUAUUAUUAAAGUAGGCAAGGAUGUAAAAUAUAAAACUGUAGAUGUUAUGUAAGUUAAUAAUUUAUUGACUAUUUAAUUAUUUAUUAAAUCACCUCGUUCUCAUGUUACGCAACCACUAUAGAAUUACAAAUGAGUGUAUAAAUAGUGCUAGUAAUUUAAAAUAAAAUUUUCUGUAAAAUG